AUGCAUCAUCCAUUUCCGCUGCUGGGCGCCCUCUACAAAGUCAGUGAAGACAGUGAAGGGGCGACCUCGCCACCCACCGCCCUCGCCACCUCGCCACCAACUCUCGCCCUCCUCGCCAUCAACACCGUCGUCCUCGCUAUCGACCUCGACCUCGCCAUCGACCUCGACCUCGACCUCGCCACCUCGACACUCGCCCUCGACACUCGACCUCGGCACUCGACCUCGACCUCGCCACCCGUCCUCGCCACCCGUCCUCGCCACCUCGCCACUCUUGCUCGCCAUCACGCCACUCAACCUCGCUACCUCGCCACUCGAUCUCGCCACCGACCUCGACCUCGCCACUCGACCUCAACACUUCGCCAUCGACUUGCUCUGCGGUUGGGACUGCGUCGUACCGUUCCGGGCUGGCCCCCCGACUCGCCUCUUCAAGCUUUCCUCUUCAAGCUCCGACCCAGCUUUGCACGUUCGACAGGUGAGUCCUCCGCCUCCACUCUCCCCUUCCCCGCUGAACCUCUCUCUCUCCUCUCGGCUCCUUUCUUCCCCUUGGCUCCAGUGCGACUCUUGACCCUCAAGCUCUCCUCAGCUCUCCUCAAGACCUCAAGCCGUUCUCGCCAGCUGCCAGUUCGACAUGGUGAGUUCCCUUGCGCCCCUUUCUCCUCUUCCCCGCUGAAACUCUCUCGACUCCGCCUCAAGACCGCUCCUCAAGACCUGGACCUUUGUAGUGCCGCCGAGCUUGUCUCGCAGAGCGCUGUGACGCUGGCUAUUGCGCUUGGAGUUGAUCGCCCAAGCUCGGCAGUUGGCCCACGGUGUCUCUGA